CGACCUCAGCCCUUUUGCUCUCCGCGUACCAGAAACUCUGCGGAGCACCCUGCCCAACCAGUCUUGGACUGAUCACCCCUGGGGUGAGGGCGAGGAGCUGCGGGGCAGCAUGGCCAAAGCGGCAGCCUCCUCGGCGCUGGAGGAUUUGGACCUGAGCGGAGAGGAGGUCCAGCGGCUCACCUCCGCCUUCCAGGAUCCGGAGUUCCGGCGAAUGUUCUCCGCGUACGCCGAGGAGCUCAAUGACCCAGAGAACCGGCGGCGCUACGAGGAAGAGAUCACCGCACUGGAGCGUGAGCGCGGAGUGGAGGUGCGGUUCGUGCACCCGGAGCCAGGCCACGUGCUGCGUACCAGCCUGGACGGGGCUCUGCGCUGCUUCGUGAAUGUGUGCAGCAACGAGCUGGUGGGCGCGCCCAGCAGCCGGCCAGGCCCGGAGGACGGCGGUGGCGCGGCGAUGGGUAGCCACUGGUCCCUGCCGUACAGCUUGGCGCCUGGCCGAGAGUACGCGGGGCGCAGCGGCACCCGCUACAAGGUUUACGAUGUGGUGUUCCACCCAGAAACGCUGGCGCUGGCCCGGCGCAACAAGCGCUUCUGUCAGAUGCUGGACGCCACGGCCCUGGAGGCAGUCGAGAAGCAGUUCGGCGUCAAGCUGGACCGGCGGAACGCCAAGACCCUGAAGACUAAAUAUAAGGGGACCCCAGAGGCUGCCGUGCUGCGCACGCCCCUUCCGGGGAGCGCCCGGGCCCCACCCAACAGGAAGGAGGAUCCUCUCUCAGAUUUUCCCUAUCCCUACCGGUACCCAGCGACAGCCCAGAACUCCGUCGGCCCGGGGCCCCAGGUUCCCAAACCUGCGCUGGAGACUCAGCAGCCCGCCCCCACCGAGCCCCGCUGCAGCGUGGUGCAGCGCCACCACGUGGACCUUCAGGAUUACCGGUGCUCCCGGGACUCGGCCCCGAGCUCGGUGCCGCACGAGCUGGUGGUCACCAUCGAGCUGCCGCUGCUGCGCUCGGCUGAACAGGCGGCGCUGGAAGUGACGGGAAAGCUGUUGUGUCUUGACUCGAGGAACCCCGACUACCGGCUGCGGUUCUCGCUCCCCUACCCGGUGGACGACAGCCGUGGCAAGGCGCAGUUCAACAAGGCCCGGCGGCAGCUGGUGGUCACGCUACCAGUGGCGCCAUUCGCGCGCCGCGGGCCCCCUGCGGCACCGGAAGAGUCGGUGGGCCAGUCCGGAACUGAUGGCGUGGCCUGCGCUUCCGCUAGUGUGGGGAAAGCGGGCCCCAUGGAGGACCCCAGCCCGGAUACCAACGGGAUCCAGGUGGUAGACGCUGGGAUCGCCACCCCAGGUGCCUAUGAGGUGGCGUGUCUGUCAGCGCGCGCUGGGGAGGAGAGAGAACUCCAGCCGGAAGAGCGAGGUUUGGGUAGGCACUCGGUGUCGCCGCCAGGCCUAGAGGAGAAGUCGUCCCCAGGAGCUGGGAGCUCACCUGGGGAUGGUGGCGUAUGCUCCCCUAGUAUUUCAUCCCUGGCCCUUGACCAGGAGUCUCCUGUAGGAAGAGGGAGUGCGUGCGGAGAUAUCAGUGUAGAGACACACGAGGACCUGGAGGGCCCGGGUGGCGAGCCUUCUGACCCAGCAAUGGGUGGCCCCGGCACCGAGAGCAGGGAACCUUUGUGUCCUCCUAUGCAGUGUAAUCAAGAUGAAGAAUCCUUGACUCUGCUAAUUCAAGUGCCCCGGAUUCAGCCUCGAAGUCUUCAGUGGAAUCUGAACCCCCUUUGGUACAAACUGUGCUUCUCCACACAAAACUCGGUUUAUUCCUUCUUCUUGCAGUUUGCUCCAGAAAAUAAAUUAAGUACCAAAGAACCCGAGAUUAGCGUUUCUUCAAACAAUGCAGUGAUAGUACUGGCCAAAUCUCCAGAGAGCCAUGGACGUUGGCGAGAGUGGUACUAUGGUUUGAACAAAGAUUCUUUGGAGGAAAAGUUGUUUAUUAAUGAAGAAAAUGUUAAUGAGUUUCUUGAAGAGGUCCUGUGCUCUGCAUUCAUACAGAAAAUGCCCCUGUCCCCACCAUUAAUUGAAGUUCUUCAGGUUACUGAUGAGAAGAUUCAAAUUCACGCAGAGUUACAAGAAUGUGGUAAUCUUGAUCAGCUUCAAGGAAAGGAAAAAAUCAAUGAAGAGUGUCAUCUAACUGAAAAAGAAAAUGUAGAACAUUUUACCACCUCUACAACUGAUUCUGAUUCAUCUAUAGCAGUUAAAGCACUAGAAAUAAAUACUUGUGGUUCAGUAGCAGGAUUUCAACAAGAGUCUCUUGAUGUUUCUCAAAUGCUAUCUGGAAAAUCAAAGCAACCUGAAGCAAAAAUGGAACCUACUUUUAUUAAAGAGAAAGGUUCUACUUACUCAAAUGAGGACAAAGAUAAUUUAAAAGAACCGGUAAUAACCAAAGAAAAAGAAUUGGAUGGACAUCACAAUUUGAACAAAACUAUAGUUCACAAUAUACCUGAUUUUGAUAGCAUAAAAGAAACCAAUAUGCAAGAUGGUACUGUGCAGAUUAUUAAAGAUCAUGUGACUCAUUGUGCAUUCACUUUUCAGAAUUCUUUGCUAUAUGAUUUGGAUUAAUUCUAUAUUAUUCGGAAUUUAAAUGUUGAGUAAAAAAAUUUUGGACCUAAAAUAAUUUCUUUCUGUUAAACAUUAAAACAAAGGUAGUCAAUUUGGAAUUUUAAUUCCAAUGGGUAAACUGUAGUUUUGUUUUUGUUUGCCUUUAAAUAGUUUUAAUUUUGGAGAUGUUUUAGAAUUCCUCUAGUAGAUAUAUUUUUUGAAGUAGAGAUGUAAAACAGUUUUAAUACAAUGUGUGUGUGUGUGUGUAUAAAUAUACAUAUAUAUUGACUUC